GAAAUCGGAAACAGUUUCAACAGAAGAGUUAAACCUGGCAUGCUAUACUAGCUAGGACUUGACAUCAUACAGUGUUUUUGGAGGAGUUUUAAAGGAUUUCCUGAACAUCUCAUCUGAAGGAAGAAGUCACAAGUGGAUUCUGGAGCAAGGUUUAAGGAUUAACAACCUACCGUCUGUGUGGUGAUCUAGGAAGAACCAUGUCUGACAAGAAAUCAAGAAAAGUGAAAAUGGGGUCAUCACGAAGACGCCCUCGGAAUCAAGAUGAAAAUGAGACUAAGAACGAUGAGUCCGAAAUGUCGUCAGGGCAAAGGAAAGGAGAUGGGGCUGAUUCGGUUUCAUUAACCAUACAAACAGACCUUUUCUCAUCGAAAGGCUUAUAUUCAAAAACACCACAAUUCAUGGACGAUGUUAAUCCAUCACUAAAUGACCUCGCAGAGUCACAGCUGUCUCAACCUGGAAACCCAUAUCUUCUGCAAUCACCUGACACCGCAGGGAAGAGGAAGAAAAUGGGGUCUACUCGUAGGAAUAAAGGCAACCGAGAAGAGACAGACUUUGGGGAGAAACAUGACGAAACUGGAGACACCGAAACAUCCUUAGAACUUCAGGCAUCCGUUGUGGAAUUUGAGUCCCACAGCAACACUGAAGGGCUCCUGGGACCAAACAAAAUUGAAAUGGACACUGAGAGCAGAAGUCAACGUGAGUUUUUGUUUGCUUCUAACACACCCGACCAAUCAGAUGACCGACGUAAAGAGGAAGUUGGUGAGGUUACUGAACCUAGUAGUGAAGCUGUGGCUAGUUAUAGCAGUGAAAUGCUUCAAGAUACUCCUCGAACCGACUCACUCCCCCAUCUGUCUCUUGACCUUGCAUUGCAAGCUGUUCAAGGAUUCACUGCUGAACCCAAAGCAGAGGACUGGAAGAAACAGGAAGAGGGGAGGCAGGAACGUGAGCAUGCUGAGGCGGAGCCCUCCACAUUAAACAGCUCUAGGCAUUCAUCAGAUCAAUUCCUUGAGUCAGAUGCUUCAACCAUCACAGAAGAUUUUGAGUCAUUCAAUAACACAAUAGUCCUCCAAAGUGGAGAAGGUGAAGAGGAACUUCAACCUGCUCUAAAUGAGUCCAAAGUCCAAGAUGAUAUUAACUCUAUUGGACCAGGCAAUCAGGAAGCAUUGCACCAAAGAGAUGAAGCAGAGGACUUUGUUGAUCUGAUAGUUGAAGAAAAUAUAGUACUGGCAUAUAGACCUCAUUUUAGACAACUAGACAAUGUAGAAAGCUAUCAACCUGAGCGACGUGAGGAUAUUAUCUCCUUUUUAAAAUCAACCCCCUCAGACAGCUUUUUGGGUCAUGACGAACGUGCUCACACAGGAUCCAACUUUCCAGGGAGAAGAAAGAUGGGUUCCUCUCGCAGGGUGGAAGAACAUGGAGAGAGUAAGAUACGUAAAUAUCGGUAUCUUUAUGGUGAGGGUGAAGAGGUCAUCAUGGGAAAAGAACAAGUGUGUGGCAUCGAAGAGACUGAGUGUGAAAUGUCUAUGGAGCCUAAAGGCAGUGCCAGUGGAGACGAGAAGGAAGGCGAGCAGAUGGGAAAGGAGAAUUUCCAAACAGAGGAAGACACAGAAAACAUAGAAGAGAUAGGAGAGCAGUUAGAGUGGGACAUGGGAACAGUGGAAGGAUUCGGUGUUAAAACAUUGGAAAAGUCUCUGAUGUUAUUGGAACCGGAGCAUAGAGCAGAUGAUGAGAAAGGAGAGGAUGUUCUGAUUGAACCAACCCCUUUUGACCAUGUCAUCUAUUCAUUUGGUAUUGAGGAUCAAUUGUAUAACAAAGACAACAGAGCCACUGUAUUUAUAGAAACUGGCAAUAUAGAAACUGAGAGCAACAGUGAAGCAAGCAUGGCCCACAUAGUUGACCCAUUGUUCCAGUCCAACACUGAAGACCUCCAAUCAGGAGACCCUUUUCUCAGCGAGGAGGAAGUUGGUGAUUAUACGUUGCUUGGGAAUGAUUCUGAAGUGAGUGACAGCAGCCAAGUAGUAUAUAAUCAUGCUCUUACAAUAGAUUCAGAUGUCAUCUUGAGCACUGAGCCCAAUAUCUCUCCUAGUCAACUCAUCCAUACUCCAUGUGUGGAAAUCACUAACCCCUUUCUCAUUCUCAACCCACUAUUACUGCAGAGUAUUCAGGGGAAUGAGGAGGAUGCAAACACUGACUCCAAUACCACAAACGGACUGGACACAUCAGUCAUUUUACUCAGCGAGGGGGAAGUUAGUGAUCACGUGCUGCUUGUAAAUGAAGUGGGUGUUGGCAGCCAAGUGACGUAUGAUGGAGCAACUCUCACAACAGAGCCCUGCCAAACAGAUGAGCCUUUGAGCACUGAUCCUAAUAUCUCUGCUAGUCAACUCGUCCAAGCUUCAUACUCGGAUGAAAGCACCAACUCCUUUCUCAAACCACCCUUACUGCAGAGGGUUCAGGACCAAGGUGAUAAUGCAGCAAACACAGACUCCAAUCAGAGUUCCUCUCCAAGCAGGAGGAGAAAGAUGGGGUCGACUCGCAGGCAUCCUGCACAAAGAGAAGAGGGCACAGAGGAAAAACAAGAAGAAAUAAAAAAAGCUGAGGUGUUAGAAGACAAGGGAGAGGACAUGGAGUUUGAAAUGUUGAUGAAAUCAAAGGAUGGGGCUGGUAAAGAGAAGAACGAAGGAGACAAAACAGAUGAGAAUGUCCUGACUGACCUCAGCUGUUCUGUCAGUACUUUAAAUCAAAAGGGAAGAAUGGAUGGUAACGAAAUAGAAAGUAAGAGACAGUCAAUCAUAAAUGAUGAGUCCAUGGCAACACAACUCAUUCUUCAAAGUGAAUCCGAGUUGACUGAUAGUAGCCAAACUCUUCACAACCCUGAUUUUCCCACUGUAGAGUCCUACCCGUCCAAUGACACACUGAACUCAAAUCCUUAUGUCUCUGGUUUGCAACACGAAGAAACAUCAUUGGAGGUAACACUCUGUGAAUCAAGAGAAAGCACCGACUCCCCUCCAGAUCCCCCCUCACUGCAGAGUUCUCUUGGUCCGAAAGAAACGGCAGGCGCCCCACGGAGGAAAAGGAAGAUGGGUUCCACUCGCAGGACUCCUCAAGAUAGACAAGGGGAGGAGAGAACAGAGGGAAAGGAGGAUGAGAAAGAAAAAGACACAGAGGUUCUAGAAGAUGUAGGCGCGGUCAUGAUAGCAGUAGAAAUUGAGUCUAGCAUAGAAAAGCUUGAGGAAAUUCUAGGAACGGUGACAGUGGAGCAGGUGACAGAGACCAUAGUAGUAGAAGGGGAAUCUGCCUUAGAAAAGUCUGAGCUUGUAGAACUUAAAGUUAGAGAGGCGGAGGAGGUAGAAGUGAAAAUAGCCGCUGAGAGCGAAAGCAACCAAACUCCCUGUGGUUUAGCAGCCCAAGAGUCAGGUGAUAUGGUUUGUAUAGAUUCUCAUCGACUCACCCAAACUGCUUACAUGGAACAACGUCUUUCAACACCAAGCCCCAGUCUUCCUUCGAAAUUAUCUCUCUCUCUGAGUUCCCAAUCUCACAAGGAUGUUAAUCAAUCCAAAGCUACAGGGAAGAGAAGAAAGAUGGGCUCUACCCGUCGGACACCAGGUGGACUCCACUCAGAGGAAGAAAAGCAGGAGACAGGAGAAAAGGUAACAGGGGAAGAGGUUAGAGAGGAAGCCAUUGGAGAUCCGGACGUCAAUGUUAUCUCGGAAAGAUUUCAAGAGGAGUGCAGGGCUAAAGCUGUCAGUCUGGAGGACCAACAGGAGAGGAAGAGCACAGAGAAGGGGACAAUAUUCAUAGAGGUUGUUCCCUCAAGCACUGCUUUGAGUGGAGGGGGGUCUGAACAAGUGGCUGCAGCUCCACUGCCAGGCCAUGGGAAUAAAAGAGGUCAAGAAAAGGCAGAGCGUGUGGAGAAGAGCCCGGUCACCAGAGAGAAGAAGAAACAGCCAUCUGGUACCUUAGGAAGCAAUGGCUCUAGAUCAAACCCCUACAACGUGGUGAUGGUUGGAAACAGCAGUGUGGGCAAAACCUCCUUCAUGAAGCGCUUCCAAAGUGGCGAGUUCUGUAUGGACCACUAUGCUACCAUUGGUAUUGAUACCUGUAUACAGCCUGUGACAGUGGAUGGCAGCCCAGUGACUUUACAGUUAUGGGAUACUGCAGGUCAAGAAAGGUAUCACAGUAUCACCAGGCAGGUGUUCCACAGAGCCCAGGGUCUAGUGCUGAUGUAUGACAUCACUUCCUCUCAGAGCUUCUGUGACAUCCGCUACUGGGUCAACUGCGUUCAGGAGGGGGCCCCAGAUGACGUCAUUGUUAUACUCCUUGGGAACAAGGCCGAUUGUGCUAAUCUAGAACGAGAGGUUCAGACUCAUGAAGGGGAAAACCUGGCAACGGGGUACGGCAUGCUCUUUAUGGAGUGUAGUGCUGCCACUGGUGACAAUGUGACUCUGUCUAUGGAAACGCUGGCAAGGACGCUAAAGCAGUUGGGGGAGGAGACACGACAAGAAGAGGGAAGCUUGGUGUUGCAGAAAGAACCCCCGAAGAAGAAAUCAGGCUGCUGCUGAUCAAGAGCCACAUUAGGACCAGUACCAUCAGGCUGAGGAACACAGCAAACACAAUGAAGAAGACCUCUGCUGCCCACUGGCUGCGCUGCACACCUGUCACCACCAGGGGGAGCUCUGAGGGGAUCAUGUUGGUCAGGUUCAACAUGUAGCCCAGCGUCCAGCCAAUGUCUGUGUCUGCCACCUGAUAGACACAGAUGAUGUGUAUAUAUAAACAUAUACUGUAUCACAAGAGGUUGGUGACACCUUCAUUGGGGAGGACGGGCUCGUGGUAAUGGCUGGGGUGGAAUGGUAUUGAUGCCAUUCUAUUUACUCCGUUCCAGCCAUUUAUUUUGAGCCGUCCUCCCCUCAGCAGCCUCUACUGUCCUGUGUGUAUGUAUAUGAUAGACACACAGCUUCAUUAGGGCAGCACAUCUAUUAAUAUUGACUGCCGCACAAGAAUAUUGAGUAUUCUGUGGUGUAACUUCAUUCAUUUUGUGUCCUGAAGUUAAAUCUUUCAAUAGGAUUGUUGACGUUUUUACAUAUGCUGUAUAGUUGAACACACCUGUCUCUGGAAGUAUAUGUUUCCCCAGGUCUGGUUGAACUUGUAGCCGUCUAGUAGUACUGUCAUUAUGUAGUUGGCUGAGGCACAGUAAUCACGAAGGUACUUGUCUUUUACAGCAUACUCUUUCUUGAGCUGCCAAAAAAGGUAUUAAGCAGGUUGCAGCAAUAUUGGGAAUUAGAUCAUUACGAGGUAAAGUGUGUAGGCUACUGUGGAUUGAUGUCUGUGCUAAAAAGAAUGACAUGUUAUGUAUGCUCAUACUCAAUGUUCAUUCUCAAUCACCUGCUUAGCAUGUGGUUGAGUAUGAUUCGAUGAGUCUGUGUACUGGUAUACAGUUUUAAGGAAGUGUACUGGCAAUGGGAAAGGUCAGCAGAGGUCUCUAUAUCUCACCGAGUUCCAGGUCCUUUUGCAGAAAGUGUUUAUAGUGGUGGUAGCCUGAGACAGAGAGGACUGAGGAGCCAGACCAAGGAAGUCAAAGGUGUAAUAGUAUGCUGAGAAAGCCUGGGGAAAGGAAACAGAAUGAUGGUGACGAUACACACUGAGUGUACAAAACAUUAGGAACACCUUCCUAAUAAUGAGUUGCACCCCCUUUUGCCCUCAGAACAGCGUCAGUUCGUCAGGGCAUGGACUCGACAAGGUGUCGAAGGCAUUCCACAGCGCUCCAAUGGCUCCCACAGUUGUCAAGUUGGCUGGAUGUCCUUUGGGUGAUAGACUAUUCUUGAUACACUCGGUAAACAACCCAGCAGGGUUACAGUUCUUGACACAGUCAAACCGGUGCGCCUGGUACGUACUAGCAUACCCCUUUUUAAAGGCACUUAAAUAUUAUUUGUGUUGUCUAUUCACCCUCUGAAUGGCACACAUACACAAUUGUCUUAAAUCCU